AUGGACCUCACCGACCCGACCUUCGUGCUCGGGAAGAACACCGGCGAGCUCAAGGCCUUCUACAACCUCGGAGCGAAGCUGGGCGAGGGCCAGUUCGGCAUCGCGCGGCAGGCGGUAUGUAAGAAGACGGGGCGCACGAUGGCGUGCAAGACGAUCGAGAAGCGCAAGCUGGCGUGCGUCGAGGACGUGGAGGAUGUGCGGCGCGAGGUGCAGAUCAUGAACCACCUCGCGGGGCACUCGAACAUCGUGAAGAUCGAGGACUCGUUCGAGGACCGGCGCGCGGUGCACAUCGUGAUGGAGAUGUGCUCCGGCGGCGAGCUGUUCGACCGCAUCGUCGAGGCGAAGCACUACAGCGAGAAGAAGGCCGCCGACAUGGCGCGGACGAUCGUGGAGGCGGUGGCCUACAUGCACGACAUGGGCGUGAUCCACCGGGACCUGAAGCCGGAGAACUUCCUGCUCGUGGACAACUCGGCGGACUCGCCGAUCAAGUUCACGGACUUUGGGCUGUCGGUCUUCUUCAAGGAGGGCGACAAGUUCGCGGACACGGUCGGGUCGGCGUACUACAUCGCGCCCGAGGUGCUGGACCGCGCGGUGAACCCGAAGACGCGCCGGCUGGAGUCCCGGAAGCCGCAGUACGCCGAGAAGAUCGACGUGUGGUCGUGCGGGGUGAUUUUGUACAUCCUGCUGGCGGGCGUGCCGCCGUUCUGGGGCAACAACACGGACGAGAUCUUCGAGGAGAUCCUGCUCGGGAAGCUGGACCUGUCGAGCCACCCAUGGGACCGCAUCAGCGACGGCGCCAAGGCGUGCAUCAAGCGCAUGCUCACGCGGGACCCGCGGAAGCGGCCGAGCGCGAGCGAGAUGCUGCGCGACCCGUGGCUGAUGAAGGGCGGCAUCGCGCCGGACCGCGAGCUGGACAACGUGGUGGCGCAGCGCCUGAAGGCCUUCAAGAACAUGAACAACCUGAAGAAGAAGGCCAUGCAGGUCAUCGCGUCGCACCUGGACAAGGACGAGAUCGCGGGGCUCGAGAACAUGUUCAAGGCGAUCGACACGGACAACAGCGGGACGAUCACCAUCGACGAGCUCCGGAGCGCCAUGCAGAAGGGCCACUACAAGAUCACCGAGGACGACAUCAAGUUCCUGAUGGAGGCCGCGGACGUGGACGGCAACGGCGAGAUCGACUACAAGGAGUUCAUCGCCGCCACCAUCCACAACUCGAAGCUCGAGAAGGACGAGCUCAUCUUCAAGGCGUUCAAGGCCUUUGACAAGAACGGCGACGGCGUGCUCUCCAUCUCGGAGAUCACCGAGGCGCUCAAGGACAUGAACGUCGACGACGCCGAGGUCCGGCGCAUCAUCAAGGAGGUGGACAAGGACGGCAACGGCGAGGUCGACUACGAGGAGUUCCUCGUCAUGAUGCGCGGCGAACAGCUCGCCUCGCAGCAGUCCGUCUCGCGCAGGCGCGGGGUCAAGCUCUGA